AUGUCUGAUUUUUACAAGUUAUGUCCAUUUGUUAGAAAAAAUGAGCCGUUUCCUUUCACCAAUUUAAAAGGCAAAGUUGUCCUGAUUGUGAACGUUGCAUCGAAGUGUGGAUUUACUCCUCAAUAUGAGGGACUGCAAGAAUUGUAUAAAAAAUAUAGAGAACAAGGUCUAGUUGUACUUGCAUUUCCCUGUAAUCAGUUUGGUGCUCAAGAACCGGGAACAGACGAUCAGAUUAGCGAUUUCUGCAAGAUAAACUUUGGAGUUACAUUUCCGGUUUUGCAAAAAAUUGAUGUUAACGGCAGUGAUGCUAGUCCAGUUUAUGAAUUUCUGAAAUCACGAAAGCCUGGACUGUUGGGAUUCAAAGGCGUUAAAUGGAACUUUGAGAAAUUCUUGGUUGACAGAAACGGUAAAGUUGUCUCCAGAUUCACUUGUUUCACCGUACCAUCGAUGAUAGAGCCUGCUAUUUUGGAGCUCCUGUGA